AUGACCGAGGAAUUGAAAGUGGUGCUGCGUCGCAGUCGCAGUGAGCAGCAUUCCGGUUUCGGGUUUUCGCUGCUCGGCACAACUGGACCGCCGCAUGUCAUCUACGACAUUGUAGAGAAUUCGCCGGCCGCCGACUGCGGUGCGGUCGAAGCGGGCGACGUUAUAUUGAAAGUCAAUGGCAUCGAUGUACAUCGGCACACCACAAAGGAAGUGCUCAAGUGUUUACGCCUAUCGGAGAACUUAGUAACCUUGGAGCUUAAACGAGAUCCCAAGCUGAAAGCACGCAUUAAAGAGCAGUUGGCCAAUACUCAGAGUCCACAUUACGUGGACAUUGAAUCUCCCAUCAAUAUCUAUGAUUAUAGCAGCAGUCCAAACGCCGCUUCGCCCAAGAAUCAGCGCCAGAUUCAGAAUCAGUAUCAGAAGGGGACAACCACGGCCGCAAAUUCUAGUUCGCCGGCGCUGCGGUACAAGUCGCCCACGCAUUUGCCAUCGUUGCGCCAGAAUUCUCCAACAACAACAGCGGUGACAUCAAUUGCUGCAGCAUCCACAACUACCACGAUACACACGCACAGCCGCAACUCUUCCGCCAGCUCGACCAAGAUACAAAUGGUAGAAUCAACAACGAUUACAACGAGCAUUAGCAACAGCAAUAUUGCAACAUCACCCACGGCAGCAGGGAGCGGUGCAACCUCGCCGACUUUUCGACCGUCACGCAUUCCACAGGCUCUGAAAAGCGUCGCCCCUAAACCAGUGCCACAAGUGCAGUCGCCGCAGCAUAAGCGACCACGCCCCUCUCAAAUACCAACGAAGGCAGCUAACGGAAACGGCAACGGCCUGCAGCCACUGCAGCACUCGAACAGCUACAGCGGCAGUCCGGCCGUCACCCGGCAGCGUCACGCGGAACGCGAGCCAGAGCCGGAACCCAAUUCGGCUCCGCCGCAGCCGGCUAAGGCACCGCGUUUUGAGGCUUAUAUGAUGACAGGUGAUCUAAUAUUGAAUCUAUCAAGAACACCCCAAUCGAGUAAUUUGAUAACGACGCAAGCCAAGAAGGUGGACAGUCUGCGAGACUUCCCGAAGCGCAAUGUAGUUAAUGCACGUGCCAAUGGGGCCUUAGCACCGCGGGCAUCCGGCGAGUCUUCACCCACAUCUUCGUCGUCGGUAGACUCGCCCACCAAUACGGCCAGCUCGGAUUCCUUGAAACGUGAGGCUAAGCUGCAGCGUGGUCAGCAGCAACAACACCAGCAGCAGCAACAACAACAACAGCAACAGCAACAGCAGCAGCAGCGCGAUAGCAUCAACAACAGCUAUAAUCGUCGAGAUUCGCUGACCAACGAUACGUUGCUAAUGUGUGAGGAGCUGGAGCGUGAUGAUGAUGCCACCACAGACUACGGUGACAACAAGCGUCAGCAGCAACGUCAGCAGCAGCAACAACAGCAGCGCUAUCGACAGCAACAGGCGCAACAACAACAGCAACAACAGCGCUAUGAGUACUACCAAAACGAAGACGAACUGGAGGCGGACCAGGAGGAACGUGAAGAGGAUCAAACCCAUUAUGACAUCACAAACAUCGAAACGUACCAAAGUGGCUUGAGUCGCGGUGACGAGGAUGAUAGUGAUCGUCAAUGUCUGGUUGACGAUGACGAUGAUGAGGAUUACGAUGAGGAGGACAAUGAUGCCGGUGAUGAGGAAUAUUCCACAAAUUCACUGGGCUCAGGCACCGGCUCAACCAAGCAACGCAUGCGGGCACUCAAGCAGCGUAGUGUAAUGCGGCAACAGCAGCAGAUGCAACGUAAUCGAGAUGCUGUGGAUUGUGCUGCACGUGCAACGGCUGGUCACUCCGCCUCCACAUCCAAUUCGUCUGGGACGGUUAAAAGUGAGGCUGUUCUAGGCCUUGGCCAGGACGAGACUUCCUUCUCGGUACCAACAUCGCCAAUUUCGCUGUCGGCACCAUUGAUCGAUAAGGAGACGGCCAGCUCGGUGCCCACCAGUCCGGAGCCGAGCUCCUUGGCGGCCGAGUCGAGCAACAAUGGCGCUGGCGUUGUGGUGCGCCGCCACAAUGGACAUGUGGUGCGUAAGUGUGAUGCUGCAGGUUUUCGCACCAGCAAAUCUGAGGAUCAUCUGCAGCAGGUACAGCGCGAAGGCAUUGCGGCUGUGAUACCCAUUGAUAUCGACGAGGAUGUGAAUAGCUCGCUGAAUACGUUGCUGGAUACUCGCCACGAUUCGGAGGAUUCGCAGGCUUCGAAUCGCGAUCGUAUCGUGUGGACUUACAAUGCGCCACUGCAGCCACAUCAGUUGCAGCAACUGCAGCAGCAGCAGCAGCAGCAACAACAGCAGCAACAACAGCAACAGCAGCAACAGCAACAACAGCAGCAAUACUACGGUCAGCAAUCGAAUUCAAAUUCCCAUUCAAGUUCCAUUAGCUCAUCGCCACAGAAUUCGGCAGCCGGCAGUCCGGCCUCGCCCACGUCGGUGUCCUCGUCCGUUAUGUCGUCUUCAGGCUCAAAGAGCGCACAGCAACAGCAAUUGCAACAACAGCAACAGCAGCGCGAACAUUCACCUAUUGCCAUGCCGGGUCUGUUGGGCUGCCCCAAUGGUGGUGCUGCUAAUGGUGCUAAUGGUGGUGGUGGUGGUUUUGGCAACGAUCAGAGCGUCUCAGAGGCCAUUUCAAAUAUCUCUAGUCCAGACUAUCAAGACGACGAUAAUUUAUUAAGUUCUCGCGAUAUUUUAGGCGGCAUGGUACUUAGCGAUCCCAGCGACUCGGACUCCACCAUUCUUGUCUCCGAUGCGGCGGCCCAGCAACGUCAGCAACAGCAGCAGCUGAAGCAACAGCUGCGCGCCCAGCAACAGCAGCGGGAACGUGAGCGCGAACGUGAUCGUGAUCCGUCCGAGCACAAGCUGGUCAUACAGGUGCGUGGUAUGGAUAAUAGCAACAUCACCACCAGCAACGCCACGCGAUCCGAUGAGGAUGGCAACACGCAAACGGAGGAGCCGACCUCAACGGUUGGGGGACGCGAUGGGUCGCCGCCCGUUUCGGAUGAUGGCAGUGAUGUUGAGUCGCUGCACUCAUAUCACUACUCGCCGAAGGCCGUGGAUAUGCCCUCGGCCAUACGCCUGGCCAAAAGACUGUACUCUCUCGACGGUUUCAAGAAAAGCGACGUAUCGCGGCAUCUCAGCAAAAACAAUGACUUUAGCCGUGCUGUAGCCGACGAGUACUUGAAGCAUUUUAAUUUUGAAAAGAAAUCUCUGGAUCUGGCGCUGCGCGAAUUCCUGCAGCAAUUCUCACUGUCCGGCGAGACGCAGGAGCGGGAACGUGUGCUGGUACAUUUCUCAAAGCGUUUCUUGGACUGCAAUCCCGGCACGUUUAACUCUCAGGAUGCUGUGCACACGCUAACAUGCGCCAUUAUGCUGCUGAACACGGAUCUGCAUGGCCAGAAUAUCAGUCGCAAAAUGAGCUGUGCUGAAUUUGUGGACAAUUUGGCCGAUCUCAAUGAUGGCGAAAACUUCCCUAAGGAUGUGCUAAAGUAUUUAUAUCACGCCAUCAAAACGAAGCCGCUGGAAUGGGCGCUGGACGAUGACACAGGAGAUCAACAGCAGCAGCAGCGGACAACCAACAAUAGUGGGCUGACGGGAGUCAGUCAGAAUCCGUUCCUAGAUGCACCCGAAUCGGCUACGGCAGUGGAAUACAAAAAAGGCUAUGUGAUGCGCAAGUGCUGUUAUGAUACCAGCUUUAAGAAAACUCCCUUUGGCAAACGCUCGUGGAAAAUGUUUUUCAUAACGUUGCGCGAUCUUGUCUUAUAUCUGCACAAGGACGAACACGGCUUUCGCAAGAGUCAAAUGUCCGACAAUCUGCAUAAUGCUAUACGCAUACAUCACGCACUGGCCACUAUGGCCAACGAUUACACUAAGAAGCAACAUGUGUUCCGGCUGCAAACAGCCGAUCAGGCUGAGUAUCUGUUUCAGACCAGCGACUCGAAGGAACUGCACUCCUGGGUGGAGACCAUUAACUAUGUGUGCGCAGCGUUUUCGGCGCCGCCUCUAGAAGGUGGUGUGGGCAGUCAAAAGCGUUUUCAGCGUCCGCUGUUGCCCAGCGCACAAACUAAACUGUCGAUGAAGGAACAGCUCGAAUCGCAUGAGCUGCAAGUGACCCAGUUGAAGCAUGAACUGAAGGAGCAUCAAAAGACGCCCGUGCCCAGCAAAGGCUUGCCACUGCAGAACUUUAAGGAGAAGGAGGCCUACUUACAAUAUGAGCUACGUCGCUACGAGGCUUAUGUAAGCAUUUUAAACGCCAAGAUGUUGGCCGAACAGCAGCCAAUGGAGUUGCAUUGUCAGCUGACAACACAGCCAACGCUCGAGGAGGAUGCCGAGACAUUCCCCAUGGGCUCGGUCAAUAUGCCCACAACGCCGCAAAGUAUUAAUACUCAACAGCAGCCGCCACAGUCGCAGCAGCAGCAGCAGCCUCAGCAGUCGACCAACAGCAGAAAAGAGAAGAAAAAGAAAUAAUUACGCAUUUUCGUUUUGCUAUUGAUUUCCAUCAUUUCAACCACACACUAAAACCACUUAGCAAUUGCCCAUGUCUAUGAUCAAUUACUCCGACUGCCACACACACUCACACACAGCACACUCAACACUCAAAUCGCUUACCAAUACAUCACUCACAUGACGAUGCUGAUGAGCAAGGGAGUAGGGGGAGAACGGGGAUUAGAGACUAAUUAAAGAAAAGGAAGAGCACUCACACAUUGCGGCUGUGCCGUGCGGUCGUGUGAUGCCCAACAGUCUGCCAACAAUUCAGAAUUUAUGUACAUCUCUUAAGUUACAUAAAAUAUGAUGAUAACUAUUUGUAAUCGGAAGUUGUUAAUGGUAUUUAGGUCCUACACACAAAACGUUCGUUCAACAGAGAACUACAAAAAUUUCGAAAGAUAAACUCAGACCAAUUAUUUUGAUAUUUUAUAUAAAAUUAAUUGAACCCAUGUCGGGUUUGCAAUCUAAUAUAUAAGCAGAUUAAAUUUAAAUCGAAUAAUUUGAAUAUUAAUGCUGGCAAUUUUGCUGAGAGCAAAACCCGGUUAGUCGUGACGUAUAAUCUUAAUUGAAGCCAAACUUGUAUGUUAUUCUCUUAUUUGGCACAGGACUCUGAUGAACGGCAUUCUGUAUUGUACCCCUUAUACACUGCUUAUUCACAUAUAAAGAAUAUUAUUUAAAAUUGAAAGAAACUUACAUCAUUACCUAUGCUAUCAUUAUAAAUGAUAAAAAUAAAUAAUUAAACAAUACUUUCUCUAUACAAUAACAAAUGAACAACAGCGAAUUAUGUAGGCGGUUAUGUAAUUUGCUCGGUUAGCCUUUUUGCGUUAAGUAUAUUUCUCCAAUAUAUUUAUGUACGGCUGCAGAUAUAUAUAUAUAUAUAUAUGAAUAUAAUUAUUUAUACAAAAUACGAUUGGUUGAUUACGCGACAAGUCCACGUAGUUAGAAUAUGAAAUUUAAAGAAUCGA